AUGGCCACCCCAGCACCCCCAAGUCCAGAUCCCUCCAAGCCCUCCCCCUCCCCCUCCACGCCCCCCAAAGUCCCCUUCCUCGACCGCUACCUACCCGACUACCUCGCCCACGCACUCCGUUCCCCCAGGAGCUGGAAGACGUUUGCACGCUGUCUUGUCGUCUUCAUCGUUAUGAUGGUGCUCCUAGUCGAUGAGGUCUCCUUGCGCGCUAUGGGACAAGCGGGGUUCUUCGGGCUUAUACUAUCGGUCAUGUUGCCGCCUAACAUGGCAGUGGGGCUGUUCAUAAUGGCUUCUUUUACCCUGUUGCUGGGAAUGCUGCUCGGAUGGGCCUGGGGCUGCGCAGCCAUGGCCGCCUCUCUAGCCUCCCGCUCCCAAACCCUCCUCGCAUCCCAGUACACCACCGCCCAGUCCCUCCUAGUACCCAACGUCGCCCCCGACGCACAAUAUCAAGCCUUCGUCUUCCUCGGGCUCUUCCUCGACCCAGGCGCAAGCGCGGUAUUCGGCGUCUUCUUCUUCUUUGGCACGUUUGCGCUUGCCCUGAUGAGGGCGUACGUGCCCCGGUUCACACUGGUAGCGAUCUUCGGGACGAUCGUGCUCGACGUGAUGUGCUCCUAUGGCCCCCUUUUCCCCUCAGAACAGUAUACACUUGCCAGCCUAUUCCUCCUCCCAACAUCCAUCUACGUCGCCGUAGCCCUGUGUAGCAUACUCCUCAUUUUCCCAGAGUCGAUGAAUCAUGUUUGGCUAUCAACACUCACAGACCAGAUCCUCUCUCCAGGUCUAACGAUCCUCACCUGCCAAUCCCACCUGCUCUCCCUCCGCCCGUCCGACCCCUCCUGGUCCCAAACGCGUACUUCCACAGGUCUCCUAGGAAGGAAGAUGAUCGAGUCUGCCCAGCAGUUGCUAGGGCAGACUGGGAUGGCUGAGCUCGAGGUGUCGAGGGGACGGUUGGGGCCGGGGGACCUGAAGGUCUUGGCGGGCAAGUUGAUGGGGUUGGGAAGUAGGACGCUCGGGAUGAUGAGCUUCGGGUUCCUGGUUGACGAAGUGACCAAGUCCGACCCCAACUCAGGGGACGCAAACGGGCAGGAACACGAUACCUCCUCCAGCGAACCCCAGCCCGAGCCCAAGCAGGAAGCGUCCACAACACUCCAAGUCCCCCGACCCAAUCCCAAUCCCAAGUCCAGGUCCAAACGCACAAGUCCGAACACCUCCCUCCCCGGGACAGGCGCCGUCACCCCCCUCUCGGCGGCGAGGUUUGACGCUCUCCGGGCCAAGGUCAUGCGGCGUGAGAAAGACCAUGGGCAUGAUUUGGACAACUUGGUACCGCUCUUACUCGAUGCGUCUGGAGAACUGUUGGCUGCUUGUGAGAGGGCGCUCAAGGGGCGGAUCGACUGGCUUACGUACGUCAAUUCCACCCGUUGGAGGGGCAGCAAGUCCCUCAAAGAAGAGGAAGCGAUGUACGACUCCGGCAAGCUUGAGGCGGAAGCGGUGCGCACCGCGCUCGCAGGACUUCGCAGCGACACCCGAAUGCGCAUCCUCGAGCCUUUUGAGCGGUUCUUCGACCCUGCCACUGGCGAGCUCCUCCCCGAGCUCAAGCGGAGCGCCUCCGAACGGAUGUUCGCUACUCACUCCCUCUUCCUCUGUUUUGUAUUCGGCACGACGCUCAAGGCGUACGCGGAGAUCCUGCUCGAUUUCACGGAUGCGACUCUCGAGCUGCAGAGGAAGCGCAUGCGGAAUCGGAUCUGGUUUCCGAGCGGGUUUGGCAGGAUUGGGAGGAGGAUAUUCGCUCGCCAGGGAACGGAGGGCACGGGCUUGGAGAUCGGGGUUUCCCCUGUCGUGGCUAGCACCGAGGAGGAAGACACGACUGAGGAGGUCAAUAGCGUCGCGGAUACGGAGGAGGAGGACGAGGACGAGGAGCUGAUCCGCGUGCCCAAGCCUGCUCCUCGGGAUCCCGACAGCAGCCCGCCUCGCACCUUCCUCGGCAGGACCUACGUCCGCCUCACCUCCGUCUUCCGCUGGUUUAUGCGUCCUCAAGCGCUCUUCGCCCUCCGCUACUCGAUCGUCUCCAUCUGCUUCUUCGCCUUCGCAGUCCAUCCCAUUACCGUCUACUUCAACUACGCCAACCGGGGCCUAUGGGCACUCAUCAUGGCCCAAACCGGGCUGGGCGUCUACGCAGGGGAACAGAUAGCGAGCUUUAUCAUCCGUCUCUCCGGGACGAUCCUCGGGCUCCUCCUGGGCAUGGUAGCAUGGUACAUCGGCGCUGCGAGAGGGGACGGAAACCCCUACGGCAUCGUCAUCAUGACGAGCGCGAUCAUCGCUCCACUCAUAUUCAUCCGUGUCACCGGCCCUCCGCAGUCGGUCGUCAUCUGGCUCAUGACGGGUACGAUGAUCGUCUUUGCAGUCGGGUACAGCUGGGUCGAUUCACAUAUCCCCGUUCUGCAGAACGCGGGUGUAGGCGUCUUCCUCGCCUGGCGCCGGGCGUUUCUCGUCAUCAUAGGCUUCGCAUGUGCAUUCGUUGUCAUGGUCAUCCCCUACCCGACCUCUGCGCGUCAGGUCGUGCGCAAGACUCUGGCGGGGACGAUGGAGGAGCUCGGAACGCUGCUCAGUGUCGAACUGGAUGCGUGUAUCCAGAGCACGCAUGAUACCCAGACGCACUGGACGAAGAUGAAGGAUAAGGGGAUCAAGAUCAUCGGUAGUCGGAUAUUGAAGAUCUCUCAGCAGCUGCAGAGUAUCCUUCCGAGUAUGGGGGCAGCGAAGUUUGAGCCGACUUUCAAGGGCCCCUGGCCAGCGGAGAAGUAUGAGAAGCUAUUCCGCGCUCAAUGGACGGUCAUGCAGUCCAUCGCACUGCUGAACGCCGCCAUGUCCAAUCUAGACAUCUCAUGGCUACACACGCUCAUUCACAAGACCCCAUUCUUCAAUCCCAACUUUAUGCAAGAUGUCAACGCAACAAUCUACAUCGUCGCCCGUUCCCUGAGACACGGCUACCCCGUACCAGCAAGUCUCACUCCCCUCCGCGAACGUCUGAUCUAUCACGAUCGUCACGCCACAAUUCUAGGUGGUCGGGAACAUGUCCAAUCAGAAGUCCUUUCAGAGGAACUGGACGCCUCUCCAGGUCGGGUAGAAGGCGCCAGCAUCGGCCUACGGUCGAUGACACUCAGCACGCUCAAAGACGAACAACUCGUCUUCCACUCCACGGCUAUCGUUGGGCUUGCCCAGCUCAUCAGGACAGUAGACGAAAUAACAGAUAUCGUCCGAGAACUGUGUGGUACGACUCAGGUCUACCCGGGCAUAGACGUGAUGCGAGACGAGUAUCUUGGGAUGGAGGAGGCGGCGAUUCGGAGGAUGGAGAAACGAUGA